AUGACCACUACCCCUGGCUUGUAUGUCAUAGGCGAUUUCCACAUGGAAGUGAUGGAAAUCGCUUGGAAAAGGUCCACUAAGAGCUCCAAUAAACCUUGCUCUCGAAAUGGAGUUCAUAGGUGUAUGCGAACUCGAUCGAGUCGAACAACAGAAGACUUGGUCGAGCUAGAUUUCACCACGGAGGGGAAUGGAAACCCUUUGGGUAAUGGACUCGGUCGAGCUAGGCAACCUCGACCGAUUGGUCUAGGAGAUGCUCCAAACCGCCAUCAACAAAGACAAGGGAUUGUCCCACCACCUGUCAGAACCACAACUUUGAGAUCAAGCUGGGAAUGA